AUGGCCUCGGACGCGCAGAGGCAGUACGUCCCAUUGACGUGCCACGGCCACUCCCGACCUGUCCCUCACAUCCACUUUUCACCCCUUGAGAGGGAAGAGGUCUACUACUUGAUCUCGGCCUGCAAAGACAACAACCCCAUGCUCCGUGAUGGCCAGACGGGCGACUGGAUCGGCACGUUUAUUGGACACAAGGGAGCAGUGUGGCAAGCUCGGCUCAGUCCGGAUGCCCAAACAGCCGCAACUGCUUCCGCCGAUUUCACCGCCAAGGUCUGGAACACUCACACCGGAGAGGCGCUGUACACGCUGCAACACAAUCACAUUGUCCGAGCCGUCGCCUAUCCGCCCAACAACUCCGAUCUGAUUGCGACUGGUGGCUACGAGAAGAAGCUGCGCCUCUGGGACCUUUCAGAGAAGCCCCAGACUCCAGGUGAUGGCUCCGCGCCGGCUUCCGUCACUAUUGAUGCGUCGACUGCCUUUGAAAUCGGUGCUGGAGUACAUACGGCGACUAUCAAGUUCAUUGUUUGGACAAAGGAUCCGAACGUCUUGAUCACUGCCUCCAACGACACCAUCCGCUGGUUCGACCUGCCUUCCCGGACAGUUAUCAAGCAGGAGGUGCUUGACGGCGAGAUUGGAUCGUGCGAAUUCAACGCGCUCGCACCACAAUACACGUCGCCUUCAGAUGUCGGUCACGGCAUGCCUGUGCUUGCUGUCGCUGCGGGCAAGUCUGUCUAUUUCUGGGGCGGUCCCCGGGCCAUGGAUGAAUUGAAGAGAAGGAAGCUCGAUUACAAGGUGGCUAGUGUGGCUGUCGAUCCUAAGAGCAGGAAGAUCGUCGUCGGCGAGGACAUGCCUGCAACUUGGGCCAAGGUCUAUCGGUGGGACGAUGAUGUCGAGAUCGACACCCACAAAGGUCACCACGGCCCUGUCUGGUCGAUAGCCUUUUCUCCGGACGGCAAGCUAUACGCUACAGGCUCAGAAGACGGCACAAUCAAGAUGUGGAAGAACUGUGAUGGUUACUACGGUCUGUGGCGAGGCGGCAGCGCUGUUGCCACUGAGAAGGAGGUCUAG